AAGCCAACUGCGUUACACUAACACCGGUCCGCGACCAGUAGUCUACGGGCUUCGGAGGGGGCGGGGUACGUGUCUUUGAACAUUGCCACCAGGUUCCAGUACUGCUGGCACGACUUGUCGGAUCUCUAAUAUUGGUCCACCUUCGCGAGCCAUAGAUAACAACAGGUGUGUACAUCCACCCGCCCUCUCGUGGGACUUUAAGCAGCAGCUUACCUUGUUCGUGUGAAACUCCGCUUCCUUGGCUUGGUCGCGCCGUGUUCCUUUCCCUCUUCUCCAUCUUCACAUCGCUUCCCACCAUGGCACGUAACCAAACCGCAUUCGACUACGAGGCCUUCCUCACGCCCCCAAAACAUGGGCUUGAGCUUUCCCAGUCGCCGGGCACCAUCCUAGGCAUGGACGACGCGCGCGCCUCCGUCAUCGUCCCGCUGCUGGCCUACUGGGCCGUGUCCAUUUUCUACGAGACGGCGCACUACAUCGGCUGUUUCGACAAGUACCGCGUCUACCCGACGGGCGAGGAGAAGCGGCGCAACCUCGUCUCGCGCCGCGAGACGCUGCGCGUCGUGCUCAUCAUGCACGCCGUCCAGGUCGUGUUCGGGCUCGUCAUGGCUAGCAUCCUCGAGCCGGCCGACGGCGGGGCGGCGGCGGCGGCGGCGAGGCUCGCGUGGGGCCGGCCCGGCAGCGCCGAGUUCUUCGGGCUGGAGAUCAAGAGGCGCCUCCCACGCGCGGCCUCCGCCCUGGGCUCGGAGGCGCUGUGGGCGGUCUCCCACGGCCUCGUGUGGGCUUGGCUGGGCCUCCGCCAGCUCGCGGCCUUCUUCGUGUUCGACACUUGGGCGUACUGGGUGCACUACUUUGAGCAUGUGAUCCCGUUCCUCUAUCGUCGCAUUCACUCGGUCCACCACUACAAUUACAUUCCCUACAGCUACGCCGCGUCCUACAACCACCCAAUUGAGGGAUUCUUUAACGACAUUCUCGGCUCCUACCUGUCGAGUAGCUUCGUAGGCCUCAGCGACCGCGAGGCCAUGGUGUUCUUUGCUACGGCGAGCGUCAAGGCCGUCGAUGACCACGCUAGCUUGGAGCUGCCGUGGAACCCUAUCAACCUUUGGGGCUGGAUCUUUGGCAACGGCAUGGUCCACCACAACAUCCACCACCAAGUCUGGGGUCUCAAGACCAACUAUGGCCUCUACUUUACCUUCUGGGACAGGGUGAACAACACCAUCUACAAAGGCAGCAGGCGGCUCUCUGAGGCAAAGGAGAAGCGGGCGGCACAACAUUCGGAGGAGUCGGAAAAGAAGGAAAACUAGGUAAUGACGAUGAAAUAUGAAAAGGUGUCGUAGUGGCACGGGUUUAGACGGAUGCGGGGCAUUAUCUAUGUAUGUCGGCCAUGGAACACGAGGCUUCAAGUUGAAUCUCGCAUCCUCGAUACUGUCAUUCAGAAGCGCCGUUGAUGGGCGCAGAUACUCUUCUGCGAAUGCUGAAGAGCAUAAAACGCAGUUACUAGUGUUGACUAAUUUUACGAAUCACUCCCUUGCAAGCCUGUACGAAAUUACAACCUAACCUCUCGCCAAAGAUGCUGGAUCUUACCGGAAGGCUGGGGAAAGGGACCUCGGCUAGCGGAUGGGAUAAAGUUUACACUAGGAACUAUGAAAGUCACACGAGAUGAAGCCCA